AUGAAUCUCAAGUCACACCUCAAGAGCGGUACUGCCACGGAUUCAGACAGCGGCCGUAGCCCAUCGGACGAUGAAAAAGCAAUUGGCCAUGGCCAUAUAACAAAUGUCCACGGAGAUGAGCUUCCUCCAGACCCAGAUGAGCACCUCAGUCCAGAGGAGAAAGCGGAAAUUGAUCGCAAACUCCUGUGGAAGCUCGACCUCCGCCUGAUCCCUUGGCUCUGCCUUCUCUACCUGAUCUCCUUCCUCGAUCGCACGAACAUCGGCAACGCCAAGAUCCAAGGCCUUCAAAAGGACCUUAAGAUGACCGAUUCGGAAUACAACUUUUCCCUUACCAUCUUCUUCAUCUCCUACUCCAUCUUCGAACCAUUGACCAAUAUCCUGCUCAAAAGGUUGCGUCCCUCGGUUUUUAUUCCUGUAAUCAUGCUCCUUUGGGGGAUAUGUAUGACUCUCAUGGGUCUAGUAACGAAUUUCGCCGGCUUAGUUGCUGCGCGCUGGUUCCUGGGUUUGACUGAGGCGGGAUUGUUUCCUGGUGUAAACUACUAUUUGAGCUGUUGGUACAAGCGCUCCGAGUUUGGCGUGCGGGCGGCAAUUUUCUUCUCCGCCGCUGCUGUUGCGGGCUCGUUUGGUGGGCUCCUCGCCGCGGCAAUUGCGCAGAUGGACGGGGUAGGCGGGAGAGACGGUUGGGCCUGGAUCUUCAUCCUAGAAGGUAUCAUCACAGUCUUCGUUGGAAUUAUUUCUUUCUGGGUUGUCCAGGAUUUCCCUGAUGAGGCAAAGUUCUUAUCGGUUGAUGAACGGAGACGAGUGGUCAGGCGUUUGAAAGAGGACAAGCAGUCUAGCGCCGAGCACGAGGAAUUCAAGAUGUCAUACUUCUGGGCGUCGGUAAAAGACUGGAAGACCUACACAGGUAUGGUGAUCUAUAUGGGGGCUGUUGGCUCGCUGUACGCGUUUUCGUUGUUCGUGCCGACCAUCAUUCGCGAUCUUGGGUAUACGUCCACGACAGCGCAAUUGCUUUCCGUGCCUCCCUACGCGGUCGCCGCGGUCUUGACUAUCGUCGUUGGAAUUGUCGCCGAUCGGACUAGACAGCGAGGGUUAUGUAAUAUUGCGGUCAGCUUUUUGGGGAUAAUCGGCUUUGCUAUGCUUCUUGGUAAGCUGUUCGCACUCCAUUUUGACCACUCUCAUCUCACGUCCCUCCCAACACCGAUCUCAUCUAUCCAUCGAUGCAUGACUCUGACCAACAAAUUUCCCCUAGGCACGGCCAAACCUGGCGUUCAAUAUGCUGGCGUCUAUCUCGCCGCUCUUGGAAUCUAUCCGUGCAUCGCCAAUACCAUCUCCUGGACUGCCAAUAAUGUCGAAGGUGUCUACAAGCGCGGCGUCACUCUCGGAUUCGUCAUUGGCUGGGGAAAUCUUAACGGCGUCGUCUCGUCCAACAUCUACCGCGACGAAGACGCUCCUCGCUUCCUACCUGGCCAUGGCUCCGUCUUGGCGUAUUUGACUUUAUUUUUGCUGGGAGGAAGUGUUGUACAGAGGUUUUUGUUAGUUAGAGAGAACAAGAAGAGGGCUAGUGGGCUCAGGGAUGGGUGGGCGGAGGGAAAGACGGAAGAUGAGAUUGAGAGAUUAGGUGAUAAACGGCCCGAUUUCAUCUAUACAAUAUAA